AUGUUGUGUGUUACUUUGAUAUUAAUUGCGGUAGUAAGCUGUGGUGCGAGGGAGCUACGGGAUGAGAGUAACGCAGAACAGUUCAGAAUCUCGAAGGUCUCAAUCGAAUCACUGAAACCCAAUGACUCGAGGGUCAUAGGAGGCUCGCCCACGACUAUAGAGACAUACCCGUUCAUGGUACAGAUCCUUAACAACGAGCGGUUUUCCUGCGGGGGUUCAAUAUUGACCACACAGCACGUCCUCUCGGCAGCUCAUUGUUUCUUUGCCCGUAAUGGUACAUUCCUCGGCGCCGAUCCAUUCUCUAUACGAGCAGGAACCUCAUAUUUAGAUGGAGAGGGUACAGUCAUCUCGGUAUCAAGAGUUGUUGCCCACGAGAGCUACAACAACACCACAUACGAUAACGACGUAGCAGUACUGUUCCUCAGCUCUAAUCUACAACUGAGUGCAAGCGUGCAGAGCGUCAGCAUCCCUUUUCAGGGGGAGACAUUGCCUUUUAACAGCAGGGUAGUGACCGUCGGAUGGGGGAGGACUGUAGUAGGUGGUGUAGCGUCAAAUGUGCUCAGACAAGUCCCCGUCCUGACGGUCAAUCGGGCUGUUUGCUAUGAACGCUACCAAGCGUAUGCAAACCUCUUCAAUGCACCUUGGUCGAUCAACGACAACAUGAUCUGCGCUGGACUGCUGGAUAUUGGAGGGGCUGAUGCAUGCCAAGGUGACUCCGGAGGUCCUCUAGUCCAUAACGGCAUUGUCGUGGGCGUUACAUCUUGGGGCCUGGGGUGUGCUCUACCCUUAUACCCAGGGGUUUACGCCAAAGUCUCGAGGUACUCCAAUUGGAUCGAUGAUUUGGUGCUUCCUAAUGCUUCCACAAGAAGCCAAGCCGGGGUGAUAGCUGGACUCUUACCUCUUGUGUUCGUAGUGCUUAAGCGAUAG